CUCAUGUUGCAGCAUAAGCAGGAUUGACUAGAAGUCAUUGGAUUUAAUAGUGGAUUUGUUAUGUAGGGAACACCAAAUCCUGUUAGACGAUUGACCUUUACAAAAAGGCAUUUUCUUAAAAUACCGACCCUCCAUGUAUAACAUGGCGGACGAUGGAUUAGGUGCCAAAGCUAAAAAAAGUUGAAUUAGUUGACCUAAACUUUAAACACGGUGAUUGAGCUAUAUGUAUCAAGUGACUACUUCAUAAUCAAUACAUUAUGUCUCUUUUUUAAGUUGGUUUUUCAAUGCAUUAUGAAGAACAGAAUUAUAUUCUGCGCUGCAAUCUGCCUGGCCAUCCUAGCUGUUAUUCUCUUGGCCUUGCUCUCGCCGGUAUCCCACAGAAAACAGGCCAAGCACGACAGGAAACCUCCAUGGGCGGACCUGUCCCUUUACAUUCAACAGCCACAUUCUAAAGCAAAUUCCAGAUCUAACAAUAUGCAGCUUGUACCAAGUCCAGAUUCUGGGAUUUUUGUCUUCCGACGAAUGCUUACAAAGGGACUCGAGAACACUUCCCAGAUCGUCGGAAACGCUCAAGGUUUCAUCAUUCCUAAUGAACAGUUUGCUCGUUCGUCGUUCAAUAUCAUCUAUCUGAGUUUCGACACACUGGAAUAUUCGGGCAGCUUGAGCGUCCAUGCCAAACAUAUAGGGCAUGAGAACAGAGAAGAAAUGACAGUGGUUGGGGGGACAGGGUCUUUUGCUUUUGCACAAGGGAUAGCUAUUUUUCUUCAGACAGAGAGGCAAGCAUCUGUUACGGAUACAUCUUAUCAUUUAAAGCUUCAACUUCAAUUCCCCAAAUGAUAAUGAUAAUGCAAAGUAGUCCCACAUGCAUCUUUCUUUGAUGAUAUUUGCAAUUUUGUGUUCCCCUGGGGAAGCAUCCUCCUCAUUCCAGUUGUAAGAACUGACCGAGUAAGAAAUUCAUUGAUGUUCAAAUAAAGACUAAUACAACUUGAGAGAUGGUUUUGUUCUUUUUA